AUGCCCUGCGAAAAGUGCAAUGUGAAGUUUGGCAUCAUAACGCGUAAAAAAUCCUGCUAUGAAUGUCAUCGGCUGUUCUGCCGGAACUGUCUCUCGAAGCGGCAGGAGCGGUUCCUUUGCCCAAACUGUACCAUCUUCACCAAAAGGCCUCUAUCGCGCAUCGAUCUGGCCCAGCUAAAAGUGAAGGAUCUCAUCUUUUACUUGCAGUCGAAACACAUUUCCACAUCCGGUUGCGUGGAAAAAGACGACCUUAUUAAUUUGGUCAUUGCUCAUGUGAAUUCCGGUGGCAGCUCACCACGCACGCCGGGAAGUUUUAGUGCCACAUCGUCCAACACGGAAUCGGCUUCCGGCGGAUCAUCACGCUACGGAAGCUUCUAUCGGAACGGAACCAAAAACUGUACAAACACGUUCGAUCAGAUCAAAAAUACCUGCCAGAAUUUAUUUUCCACAUUUUCGGACAAACUAAAUGGAGACGUUCCGGAGACUGGCCGUCCUAGUACCGGUUUUGCGACGCAGGAAGAACAGCGUCAUAUAUUCACGCAGCCUCGCUUCGGUAGCAACAAUGUUUACCAUUCCGUCGAUCCAAGCGUUCAUUCAAAUACCGGUGCCAGUAACUUCCCUCCUCAUAUGACACAUCCCGAGGACGACAAUAACCAAAGAGCGGAAGCACAAUACCAUGCAGAACAGGGAGAGCGGCCAGUACAUUUCAACAGUGGUAGCAGUGGAACGACAAGCGGGGCUGAUUCCAGCGCCGCAUCUUCUUCGUUUUCAUCGCCCAGCCGAGAUACUUCUUCACCUCUAUUGGGCGACCAGCAACACUCGGCAACUAAUGGACAAACGCAAGCCAUGCUGGACGAUCGCAUUGAAAGCAUCCUGGCGCUGGAAACGGGCGGAACGGGCUGUGAGUGCUGUACGGAUGACGAGGACGAGGAGCGAACCGGUGUAGCGAUUCCGAAGGAAAAUAAUAUUGCUACUAAAGGCGAGGAAGACAUGCCACCAUGCUCGAAGCAAUCCCGGCGUAGCCUUUCACAAUCCAAUUUGUUACCACCGCAGAUGGCGGGCCCGAGCGCAGACACAUCGGCAGCAACGACGAAAGUAGCAUCGCGGAGUCAAACUCCUUCGUCAUCCUUCGACGAUUUGCUGGCUGAUGCGGAAGGCAGUAGUAGCAAUGCGGAUCAAGCGAUCGCCCCGGAUACACUAGCCAUGACGACAGAUACUGACGCGUUGGCAACGACUGUGGCUUCGAUCGAUGAUACAGAACAGUGGCAGAUCAUUAAUACAUCGGACACGAACGGUGGUGGUACGCUGGAAGCGGCCACAAACAGUGAACUUCCGAUGACUGACGCAACUAAUGAGGCGUCCACGACCAACGAGGAUGAAGAGAGCACGGACAGCAUCAGCAACUCUGUAGAACUUAAAUCAAAACCACCCCCAACGGUGCCGGUGCUGGGACACAGCCCUUCCGUAGGUUCGCCGACAACAAUUAUAACGCGCCGUAGGUCCGAUAGUUACCUGCUGUCGGAAUGUUACGCCUCGUUGCGACAGCGCUCGGUUGGGACGGGUCCGAUCGAUGAACCAGCGUCACCCUUAAUACAUCGGGCCAGUACGACAAGGUCAUUGCAAACGUCGGAUGCAGUACCAAUGGGUUUCUCGUUGGGCGGUACACUUACCAACGAUGCAAUGCCAACCACUAGCUAUCCGGUCAACCCUACUAAUACUGCCCACGGUAUGUGCUUCCGUUGUGGAAAACGGCGAAACGGUAUUCGCCGACAGUUGAAAAAGUUCCGCAAGCAACUGGACAUGGCUACCGUUACGGAGGUGGAAAAACGACGCCAGCUGGAAGCGUUCCUUAAUUAUCUCGAGCGACGCAGCAAAGGUUCGUUCGAACUGACCGAUUCCGAGUCCAUUACCGAAGAAGCGAGCGUUAGCGCGGGUGACGAAGCGAGUGGUGUCACCGGCACUGCCACGGAUGGACGUGGUUCGGUCGGUAUUGGUGUGGAUGACCAGCAUGCCUUUUCCUACCCGAAGCCACCGGAAGAAUUGCCCGUCUGCACCAAUCUGUACUCUUCCGGUAAUCAGGAUUUGGUCAAUAUGAAACAGAUCAAGCUGAGCGAUAUUAAGGAAAGUGCGGAUCUGGAUGUGCUGUCGGUGAAGCAGUUGAAGGGUAUUCUGAUGGUGAACCGGGUUGACUUCAAAGGCUGCUGUGAAAAGGCCGAACUUCGCGAAAGGGUGCUACGGUUGUGGCGUGAUUACAAAUCUAUCCCAUCAAUCGAAAAACUUCCAUCGGACGAUUUGUGCAAGAUUUGCAUGGAUGCGCCCAUCGAGUGUGUGAUACUGGAGUGUGGCCAUAUGACCACUUGUACCGCGUGCGGUAAGGUGCUAAGCGAAUGUCCGAUAUGCCGCCAGUAUAUAGUGCGGGUAGUGCGAUUCUUCCGAGCCUAA